UGGACUGUUUGAUUUCCGUCUUCCUCAGAGGGGAGUGUGAUAGUCGUUAGUGUCUUUUCUAUUCCAGGAAGCAAGAAGUAUUCUAUCACCAGAUGAGGAAAAUCAGAAGCAGAGACUUUGUUUACCCGGUGCAGAUAACCUGGCUGGAAUUGUAGAAUAGUGAUUUGAAUUUAGGUUUCAAAGUGGUCAAGAGAGUGAAUGUAUCUGAAGUGGAUCUGUCUUGUAUAAAUCAUCAGCAGCAUUGUAUGAAACAGAUAUCAGCAGCAUAUUUAUCUGGUUCACACUUCUGCUGAAUCAUAACCCUUUGCCGCUGAGCUAUGACAAGAGAGGAAACAAAAAGUUAAAAGAGCAAGCCUGCCCUAAGUGAGAAGUCCCAGGUUUCUCAACGUGGAGUCUGCACAUCAUCAGUCUUGGAAUCGCAUGGUGUCUUGUUGAAUUUGCCCUUCCCUUGGCUCCCCGGAGACCUCUGGGAUCAGAAUCCCUGUGGGUGGCCUGGGAGUCCUUCCUCAUAUGCACCAAACUUCCUUGAUAACAUGCUUUUGCGAAGUUCAGGAAAAUUAAAUGUGGGCACCAAGAAAGAGGAUGGUGAGAGUGCAUCCCCCACCCCUCGUCCAAAGAUCUUGCGUUGUAAAUGCCACCACCAUUGUCCAGAAGACUCGGUCAACAAUAUUUGCAGCACAGAUGGAUAUUGUUUCACAAUGAUAGAAGAAGAUGAUUCCGGGAUGCCUGUGGUCACUUCUGGGUGUCUAGGACUAGAAGGCUCAGAUUUUCAGUGUCGGGACACCCCCAUUCCUCAUCAGAGAAGGUCGAUUGAAUGCUGCACGGAGCGGAAUGAGUGUAACGAGGACCUGCACCCCACACUGCCGCCCCUGAAAACCAGAGAUUUUGUUGAUGGUCCUAUACACCACAAGGCCUUACUUAUUUCUGUGACCGUCUGUAGUUUGCUCUUGGUCCUUAUCAUUUUAUUCUGUUACUUCAGGUAUAAAAGACAAGAAACCAGACCUCGGUACAGCAUUGGGUUAGAACAGGACGAAACAUACAUUCCUCCCGGAGAAUCCCUGAGAGACUUAAUUGAGCAGUCCCAGAGCUCGGGAAGCGGAUCAGGCCUCCCUCUGCUGGUCCAAAGGACGAUAGCGAAGCAGAUUCAGAUGGUGAAACAGAUUGGCAAAGGUCGCUAUGGGGAAGUCUGGAUGGGAAAGUGGCGCGGCGAAAAGGUAGCUGUGAAAGUGUUCUUCACCACUGAGGAAGCCAGCUGGUUCCGAGAGACAGAAAUCUAUCAGACGGUGCUGAUGAGGCAUGAGAACAUUUUGGGGUUCAUUGCUGCAGAUAUCAAAGGCACAGGGUCCUGGACCCAGCUGUACCUGAUCACAGACUAUCACGAAAAUGGCUCCCUCUAUGAUUAUCUGAAGUCCACCACACUAGACACUAAGUCCAUGCUGAAGUUAGCCUAUUCUUCUGUCAGUGGCUUAUGUCAUUUGCACACUGAAAUCUUUAGUACUCAAGGCAAACCAGCAAUUGCCCAUCGAGAUCUGAAAAGUAAGAACAUCUUGGUGAAGAAAAAUGGAACUUGCUGUAUAGCUGACCUGGGCCUGGCUGUUAAAUUUAUUAGUGACACGAAUGAAGUUGACAUCCCGCCCAACACUCGAGUUGGCACCAAACGCUACAUGCCUCCAGAAGUGCUGGAUGAGAGCUUGAAUAGGAAUCACUUUCAGUCGUACAUCAUGGCCGACAUGUACAGUUUUGGACUCAUCCUUUGGGAGGUUGCUAGGAGAUGUGUGUCUGGAGGUAUAGUGGAGGAGUACCAGCUUCCCUAUCAUGACCUCGUGCCCAGUGACCCGUCCUAUGAGGACAUGAGGGAGAUCGUGUGCAUGAAGAAGCUGCGGCCCUCCUUCCCCAACCGGUGGACGAGCGACGAGUGUCUAAGGCAGAUGGGGAAACUCAUGACAGAAUGCUGGGCUCACAAUCCUGCUUCAAGACUGACAGCCCUGCGUGUUAAGAAAACACUUGCCAAAAUGUCAGAGUCCCAGGACAUUAAACUCUGAUUUGAGGGGAAAAAUAAGCAUCUCUGGAGAAAGCCAGUCAAUAUUCUUCUGUUUGUGGGCAGAGCAAAAGAUCUUCCAAAAGCAUCCAUAGUACAAGCCUUGAACAUGGUCCUGCUUCCCAGUGGGUUCAGCCUCAACUCUCAGUGAGCAGCCUGGACAAAGACAGAGAAGUUCCCAGAAACACAGAUCCGUUGUGUCUGUGUGUAGGAAGGAGAAGCCGCUUGGGUAACUUGUUCAAGAUACGAUGCAUGUUGCUUUCUAAGAAAGCCCUGUAUUUUGGGAUUGCCUUUUCUUUUUUUUUUUUUUUUCAAAAAAUGCUUUAAUUUUGCCAAAAUAAAUAAUGUAGAUGUUUUAAGGUUUAUAGUUUAAAUUCUAACAACAAAAAUUCUUCCCAGAAACUCUGCUGGAAGGUAAAUUAAAGUGUGUUUUUCCAUUGGUGAAAAUGUGUUGCACUCUCAAACCAAAAGACAGUCUGUGAAAUUGGAGAUCAUAGACUGAACUCAUCUUGAAAGGCCUGGCCCUUGCCGCCUCCGACCACUCUGGCCAGCCCUGCCUUGAGGCUGCCUCAGCAAUGUGAAUGCACCUGGGUACAAACGCCACCUGCCUGGGACCACAUUUUGGGAUUCCCGCAGGUGACCUUUUGGAGCUUCAGAAGAGAUGGAACAAAUGAAGGUUUUAUGUGACUUUAUUAGAACUAAGUGUUGAAGCUAUUCUUCAAAACCACUUUGUGUUUCUGAUUCUGUUAGGCAUUUCUUUCAUGGUGAAAUCCCUUCCUUUUCAUUAGACACAAACAAACCGUUGUUUAUGUGCAGACAGUUGACUCAUGCAUGCUUUUGACCUCUCAAAUGAAAGGAUCGAUAUUCAAUAAAAUAGCCAUCAGUUGAGUUGAAGACAAAGCGCUUUAAAAUUGAGCUAAUUUGCUCUUGUGCUGUAAGGAGUUCCCAUCCACAAGGUAGGGAGCGAGGGAGGAGGUGCAGGGGCCCCAGGGAGAGGAGGCACCCCCUAUCUUGUACAGAUGAAGACGGUUUCUUCUUGUUAUUGUCUGUCUUUUUUGUGUCUGAGUUAAGGGAAGGAGAGGAAGGAUAUGUCAGUUUAAUUUAACUAAAUUUUAAUUUAAAAAUAGAUAAAUAUAACCUCCUACUGGGACAGCCGAAGAGAGCUGUUGGAGGCCACAAAAUAUUCUGGCUGCUGUGAUUUACUAUUCUAGCAUAGAUAUGGAUCAAAUAUGUCCAUCUUAAGUGAUAAUUUUACAUGCUAGGAAUGCUGACUCAUUUUAUUGUAUUCUCAUGAUGUUCAAUUCACUUUCUAAUUUAUUAUUUUUUUCUUCUCUGUGGCACUUGUGCAAAACAUGUCUUCACCUACUCAGUUAUACGGGGUUUUAACUUUUAGGCAACACAAGUCAAGUCGUUGACAGGGCCAACACUCCUUAGCAACAGGAACCGAAAGUUCAGAUUGUACACAUCCCUCUCAACUUGAUUCAUUUACAUUUUGUUGCUGUGGUUUUCCUUUGCUUCUUAGAAAUUCUGUAGUGUUUAGUAAAGAAUUGGGAAGUAGUUCUCCUUGGCCUUUUUAUUUUGACGUUCCUUCCAGAAUGCUCCAGGGGGCACUGUUUUAUAACACAUUUCACUACUUGGUAACUGAAAGAUGGAAGGUUUUUGAAAAUUGGACAGCUGCAUGAAAAAUGAGAGAAUGUUUUUCUCACUUCUGAAGUGGACUUGCAGCUGGUGACUUGUGCAUCCAGAGAACAUCCCAGAACAGAGAGUGUUGUGAGUUGUGUCUACAGUUUGGGAGAAUCAUAAGGAGAAACAGAGUGGUCUGUACUCAGCAUCCACUUCCCAGGGUUUCAUAGCCGCAUUGUGUUUGUAACAAAGAAAGAAGAUUUUCUUAAUCUUUGAAUAGGAAAAAAAUUUCUGUCUUUUCAAAGAUGAAAAACAGUUGGUUCCAAAUAUUCUUGUAAUCAGAAUGCAGCUUUUAUUGAUGUUAAAAUAGCCUGAAUAGGAACGUAAAGGUUCCUUUCCCUUGUUUCGAGUUGUCUUCUUUGUGACAGCUUAGAAGGAAUGUGUGGCUAGAACUACGUGUGAUGAUCAUCUGAGCCGUGGAGAGAAACUUCAGUGCCUCUAAUCAGAUCGUCUGCAAACAAGUACCCUUUAGGCCAGUUAAGUGGGGACAUGUUUGUGUUUCUCAGUUUUCCCUACGUUUAAGUGAGGUUGGGCUUACCUCUUAGAUAAAAAUGUGUUUUCUUUUUGGUAGGCUCUUCUAUGUGAAUAACUUCAAAUUAGGAUAUUUUGUGAGGAAGUGAUGAUUUGAAAGUAAACUAGAUUUCUAGAGAGGCAUUGGUUCCAGUGAAGAAUGGGAGGAAAUUAAAAGAGUACCCACAUUUCUUCUAUAUUAUUUGUUUAGUUGCUUUGGAAGAAUCAAUAGCUUACUUUCUAAUGCUCAACCAGAUUCACGAUGAACAUUUAAAAGUUAUCCCUGAGAUACUUAAAAAGACCCAUUUAGCUGUCAUAAUCUUUCAAUAAGACAAGAAUGUUUUUAUGAACAGAUUUUUCUAUCUUACUGAAAUCCACCUUACGUAGGGAAAACUAAAUUGUUCUUAUCGAGACUACCUACUCACUUCCGAAUAAUCCUGUUUGAUUUUUACGUUUCUAGUGGCUCAGAAGUGAAUUUUAUUUCACUAUUUUCUUUUGUCUUUGACUAGGAUAAAUGAGAACAUGGAAAUUAAUAAUGUAGUUGAUUGCUUACUUUCAGGACUAUUUCAAAGACUAAGAUUUUCUUCUAAUUGCUCUCCCCCCAAAAGGAAUCCUAAAUAUUAGUUGUUAGCUAAUAUAAGUUUUGUAUGCUAAGAUAUUGAGGUUUAUAGUUUAUGUAUGUGUGUGUAUAUUAUAUAAAUAUAUAUGUAUAUAUAAAUAUUAUGUUCAGUUUGGAGUCUGGCACAACUCCAUUAUGUGGAUUAGAGAGUAAAAUAUUAUGGAUGAUAAAGUACUAAAUGAAACCUAAUAUUUAUUUAUGAAAGUGUGUAGAUUGUUAAUUUACAAGUGGCGGUGCUGUGCACACUGUGUGUGAGGAGACAGGCCUCUGACCGCCCAGAAAGCACCGCUCAGAAGUCACGAGUGACCAUUCUUUUCAUUCUCAAAACAUAAAGCUUGGUAGAAAACAGGCUAAGAUUGUAUUUGCAAGGAAUUCUUUGAGGCAUUUCUGCUGUCUGUAGUCAGGUAAUAGCAAGUACUGAAUAAUGACCGAGUUUCACGUUCCUGGAGUCAUGCAUAUGCAUUAGAAGUUGCAGUGUUUUAUGUUGUGGGUCUGCUCUGGUUCUUCUCUGUUUGUAGGUGGAAAGGCACUGAAAGAAGUACAGUGUUUUAAGCUUGAAUUGUUCUGUAGUUAUAUCUCCUUUGAAAACACAGUCACACAGCAGUGGACGUGAAAGCGUGACACUAGAAGUGAUUUAAUUUAGCAAUUAUGAUUCCUCUUGUAAAACAAAACAAUAAAACAAUGCCAUAUUUUUUGGAGAGAAUUGGCAAUAUAUAAGGGGUUUUGUUGCCUGUCUGUUUCAAAAGAAGACUCCUUUGUGUUCUUUUGGGAACCAGUGCCUUAUUGAAUUUGUAUAUACUGUAAUUAUUCAGGACUAGGGAACAAACAAUUGUAUUGUAUUUGUUACAAAUUGUAUAUGGCUUUGUUUUAACAUUCCCCCAAAUAAAAUGGUUUCA